AUGGCCGUGACAGCCCAAUUCCUUACGGGUGUCCGCGAUAUUCUCAAGAGUCUCAAUGGAGAAGCGCUGCGCGAUUGGCUGAAGGUCGAGCCACCUUUACCGCAGGAAUACUAUAACCUCGCAUCCGAUCUCAAGAGUACCUAUCAAGAUGACAAUGCGCUCGAAAAGCUGGUCGAGCAGUGCCUACCGGAAGAAGAUGAUGUUCCAGAAGGCCAGGGAACAACAUGGCCCGGCUUCCUCUCUUUCAUAAAGGACUAUCUUAUCUACUGGAGGGACGUAGAAUUUGACGACCUUCUGGGCGCCCAUCAAUUGCUCACGGCAUUGACCAAUUCAUGCGCCACGGCGCUUAACAAUCCCACGUAUGGAACAAUAAUGUUGCAGUCGAGCAUAUCACUUUGCGGCUCUCUAUCGACCUUGUCGAUGACCCUAAAUAAACGACCUGAUCUCACUAGGAAGCUGGCAGCUAUCCAUGCUGGUGACGAGGAACGGAAGUCGGUUAUCGAGAUCACAGCGGAGAUCAUGCAAAAGUUCUUUACGACGUGUCUCACGGACCGGUCAAGUCCGCGCUUCGCAGAACCUACGGGCAAGAAGGUUGGCAUCUACGUCUUCGCUAACAAGACCUUGAAACUAUUAACCAUGAAUAGCAAGUCUUACCUGGCGGCGCAGCUGUUAACUAAUAUUAUGGCAAAAUCACCGCCGCUUUCGUACUAUCCAGCCGCUCAAAGGGUGACGUUUUUGUAUUUCCUCGGCCGCUUCCACUUCAACCACAAUCACUUCUGGCGAGCAGCACAAUGCUUACAGGAGGCCUAUUCACAAACGCCAGCACGCUUCCUAAAGCAUCGCCGAAUCAUACUCACAUACUUGAUACCGGCGAAUUUCGUCUUAGGCCGCCUACCCUCGCAGGCUCUUCUCCAGCGACCAGAAGCUCAGCCUAUGGCUCAGUGUUACUCUCAGUUUUCAUUAGCAAUUCGAAAAGGCGACUAUAUACUCUUCCAGCACACCAUCAAACAGCACGAAAGCUGGUUAAGGAGCAAAGGCUUUCCUUUAUAUACUACCCUCCAAUGGCGUAUUCGGCCGCUACUCUGGCGAUCGCUCUCACGACGAACAUUCCUGCUGACAUACACACCUCCCGCCGAAGGGGAUUCGCGCAAAGCUGCCGUAUUAAAGCUUGCGGAUUUUAAUACUACAAUGAGUUAUGUCCAGAAGCGGCUCGAGGGAUAUUUCCCCGCAAAAUUGGCUCCGAAGGGGCGCCAGUCCAGUGUCAACAGCUAUCUCCUAAAAGCUGUCUCCAACAGUGCGGGAACUGGUACGGGAAACUCUACCAUCGCGCCGCCUCCCGGUGGACCUAAGCAUCUAACGCCAGAUGAAGGUCUAUUGUCCGGUAAUAUGGCUGUAGAUGACCUCAUCGUCGAAAACAUCACUGCGUCGUUGAUAAGCCAGGACCUUCUACACGGGUAUAUAGCGCACUCUCAAGGCGCAUUCGCUAUCAUGGGCACCAAGCAGAAGGGCAGUGCAAUGGCGGCCGGUUGGCCCACUGUCAGCGAAGUGAUUGACCAGCGGUCCAUAGAGUCUGUUAUCCCGGGGUGGGUCAAGGAUGAGUAG